AUGACCACUCCUGCUAUCACAAAGAGAAAGCUCACGGACGGAUUGACCGUGACUUCCAAGGUUUUCGUCAGAUCAAGAAACGGUAAUGCUUCUAAAGUCGUUAGAGAACACUAUCUAAGAAAUGAUAUACCAUGUCUUUCUAAAUCAUGUUCAAAAUGUUUUGAAAUAUUGACACCAGAUGCUCAAGGUCAACUUCCAAAAUUUGUGCUUAGUGAAGAUCCAUUGAAUAUUAAAAAACUUGGUGGUGCUCAUUAUGUCAUUGUUGAUACAAAUAUUAUAUUACAAUCUAUUGAUUUAUUGGAAAAUAAUCAAAUCUUUUAUGAUGUUAUUAUACCACAAACUGUUUUAGAUGAAGUUAGAAAUAAGAGUUUCCCAAUAUAUUCAAGACUAAGAUCACUUUGUAAAAGUGAUGAAAAAAGAUUUAUUGUAUUCCAUAAUGACUUUAAUGAAGAAACUUUUGUCAAAAGAUUAGAUAAUGAAACUAUUAAUGAUAGAAAUGAUAGAGCCAUUAGAGAAUUGGCAAAAUGGUAUCAAAAACAUUUAGAUGGUAAAAUCAACAUUGUUUUAGUUACAAAUGACAGAUUAAAUAGAGAAGCUGCUUCAAAAGAUGGUAUAAUAUCGAAAUCAUUACUAGAAUACGUUGGUCUUUAUCCAAAUGGUGAAGAAUUGAAAGAUUUAAUACCAGAAGAAAAUACAUUCAAGACAAGAGAUUCCAAAAAUGGUACUACUGCUUAUUUCAAAGAUUACUAUCCAACUUCAAGAUUAAUGGGUGGAUUGAAAAAUGGUACUUUAUAUCAAGGUAAUAUUAACAUAUCGUCAUAUAAUUUCUUAGAAGGUGAAAUUUCAGUUGCAACUUUACCAAAACCAUUAUUAAUUCUCGGAAGUGAAAAUUUGAAUAGAUCUUUCAAUGGUGAUUCAGUUGUUGUGGAAAUUUUACCAAAAUCUCAAUGGAAAAAACCAUCAUCAAUGAUUGUUGAUGAAGAUCAAUUGAAUUCAAAUGAAGAUCCAGAAAAUGAUCAAUCUCAAUUAGAAAUAAAUGACAAAGAAAGAAGAUUAUUAACACAAGAUGCCAUCAAUACACAAUCAAGUACCACUGAUGAAUUACAACCAACUGGUAGAGUUGUUGGUAUUGUUAAAAGAUCAUGGAGAUCAUAUGUUGGUCAAAUUGUGGAAAACUCUGUUUCUAAACAAACUACAAAUUCUGCUAAAUCAUGUUUUGUUAAAUUAAUGGAUAGAUCAUUACCAAGAAUUAGAAUUAAAACAAGAAGAGCUCAAGAAUUAUUAGGUCAAAAAAUUGUUAUUGCAAUUGAUUCAUGGAAUAUUACAUCAAAAAAUCCAGAAGGUCAUUUUGUUAAAAGUCUUGGUGCCGCUGAUACUGUUGGUGCUGAAACUGAAGCAUUAUUAUUAGAACAUGAUGUUGAGUAUCGUCCAUUCAGUAAAAAUGUUUUGGAUUGUUUACCAAAAGAAGGUCAUGAUUGGAAAGUUCCAGAAGAUUUGACAGAUGAAACUGUAUUAAAAGCUGAUCCUUUAUUACCAAAGAGAAAAGAUUUUAGAGAUAAAUUAAUUUGUUCAAUUGAUCCACCUGGUUGUGUUGAUAUUGAUGAUGCCUUACAUGCUAAAAAAUUACCAAAUGGUAAUUGGGAAGUUGGUGUUCAUAUUGCAGAUGUUACACAUUUUGUUAAAGCAGGUUCUGCAUUAGAUGCUGAAGGUGCUUCAAGAGGUACUUCUGUGUAUCUUGUUGAUAAGAGAAUUGAUAUGUUACCAAUGUUAUUAGGUACAGAUUUAUGUUCAUUAAAACCUUAUGUUGAAAGAUUUGCAUUCAGUGUUAUCUGGGAAUUAGAUGAUGAUGCUAAUAUUAUUAAUGUUGAUUAUAAUAAAUCUAUUAUUAAAUCAAGAGAAGCAUUUUCUUAUGAACAAGCACAAUUAAGAAUUGAUGAUAAAUCAAAUCAAGAUGAAUUAACAGUUGGUAUGAGAGCAUUAUUACAUUUAUCUAAAAAAUUAAAACAACAAAGAUUAGAUGCUGGUGCUUUAAAUUUAGCAAGUCCUGAAGUUAAAGUUCAUAUGGAUAGUGAAACUUCAGAUCCUGGUGAAGUUGAAAUUAAAAAAUUAUUAGAAACAAAUUCUUUAGUUGAAGAAUUUAUGUUAUUAGCAAAUAUUAGUGUUGCAAGAAAAAUUUUUAAUGAAUUCCCACAAACUGCAAUGUUAAGACGUCAUGCUGCUCCACCUUCAACAAAUUUUGAAAAAUUAAAUGAUAUGUUAAGAAUUAAGAAAAAUAUGUCAGUUUCAUUAGAAUCUUCAAAAGCUUUAGCUGAUUCUCUUGAUAGAUGUAUUGAUCCAAAAGAUGAAUAUUUUAAUACUUUAGUUAGAAUCAUGUCAACACGUUGUAUGAUGGCUGCUGAAUAUUUUAGUUCAGGUUCAUAUGGAUAUCCAGAAUUUCGUCAUUAUGGGUUAGCUGUUGAUAUUUAUACACAUUUUACAUCACCAAUUCGUCGUUAUUGUGAUGUUGUUGCCCAUCGUCAAUUAGCCGCUGCUAUAAGUUAUGAACCUCUUGAUCUAACACAUAGAGAUAAGACCAAGAUGGAAUUAAUUUGUAAAAAUAUAAAUAAAAGACAUAGAAAUGCACAAUUUGCAGGAAGAGCAUCAAUUGAAUAUUAUGUUGGUCAAGUUAUGAAAAAUAAUGAAUCAACUGAAACUGGUUAUGUUAUUAGAGUUUUCAGUAAUGGUAUUGUUGUUUUAGUUCCUAAAUUUGGUGUUGAAAGUUUAAUUAAAUUAGAAGAUAUUACAUCACAUGUUAAUGAUGCUAUUUUCAAAGAAGAUGAAUAUUCAUUAGAUUUUAAAUUAGAUAAUGGUGAAAGAAGACUUGUUUCUGUAUUUGACAAGGUUAAAGUUGAUGUUAAAUCAGUUCUUGACUCUAGUAUAGGUAAAAGAAAAGCUCAAUUAGUUUUAGUUGAUUAA